AUGGGUUUCUUCACUGAUGCUUAUGACCUUUUUAGCAUCUCUCUUAUCACAAAAUUGCUUGGUCGUAUUUACUACUUCGAUGCACUUUCUGAAAAGCCUGGAACUUUGCCUCCUUUUAUUGUAGCUGUUGCUAAUGGUGUGGGCUUUUGCGAAACUUUAGCUGGACAGCUUUUCUUUGGUUGGCUUGGUGAUAAAUUAGGCCGAAAACGAGUUUAUGGACUCACCUUGAUGCUCAUGGUGAUCUUUUCCAUUGCCUCUGGACUUUCCUUCGGAAAGUCUCCAGAUGGUGUAAUGGCAACCCUUUGCUUCUUCAGGUGA